ACCGACCCAACUGUCACGUGACUGUCAGCUGACCACAUAUGGUAGCUAGUAGUAGGAAACUGUGCUCAUGCUGGAAGUUACCUUUGCUUUAUAACUUGUUAGUAAUUUCUUUGAGAGGACACUGCCAGUGUAUGCACCGCCUUUCCUAAAGAAGUCACUUGAGGUGAAAAAAAGAGCUUGGCAAACCAGUUAUUCCUAACAGGGUGCAAAGUAAAGAAGGGCCUUGCAGUCCAGGAUGUCGUCCACCACCACCUCCUCUGUUACCCUGAAUACUGGGGUUCAAAUGCCCCUCCUGGGGUUGGGGACUUACAAGUUGCACGGCUCUGAAGAAGUGUAUCGCGCCGUGGAUGCCGCCCUGGCUGCGGGUUACCGGGCCUUUGAUAGUGCAGCCGUCUACCGGAAUGAAGCCGACAUGGGCCGAUCCCUGAGGGAGCUCCUGCACAAGCAUGGCUUGACCAGACAGGAUGUGUUCAUAACCAGUAAGCUGGGCCCUAAGGAUCAGGGUGAGCGGGCUAUGGAAGGUGCCCUUCACAGCCUGUCUCAGCUGGACUUGGGUUACAUUGACCUCUAUUUGAUUCACUGGCCUGGCACGCAGGGUCUAGCAGUGGCUGAUCAGAGCAACCCAGGAAACCGAGCUCAGAGUUGGGCCACGCUGGAGGAGCUGCAUGGCCAGGGGAAGCUGAAGGCCAUUGGAGUGUCCAACUAUACAGUGGCUCACAUGAGAGAACUAAUGCAGAGCUGCAAAGUCCCCCCUGCAGUUCUACAGGUAGAGUUUCACCCACGUCUGUGCCAAGCAGAGCUGAAGAGUGUUUGUGAGGAGUAUGGAGUCUGUUUCCAAGCAUAUUCCUCCUUAGGCCAAGGAGAUCUGGUUACUGACCCUGUGGUCCUGGAGGUGGCAAAGCAGUACCAACGCACCCCCGCACAAGUGCUGCUGCGGUGGGCGGUGCAGCAGGGUGUCGCUGUGCUCCCAAAGUCAUCAAACGCAGACCGAAUACAGGAGAACGCCAGACUUUUUGACUUUACACUGAGCGACGCAGACAUGGACAGACUGUCAGCUUUGGACUGUGGACAGAAGUACUGCUGGGAUCCGUCAGGGGUCGCCUGAAACACCAGCUUGUGUCCUCCAUGAUGCCUUUUUGUCUUCAGUUUUACAGUGGUAGUUGGUUUUUUUUUUUUUUUUUUUUUGGAGGGGGGGUUGGGUUGUUUUUUUUUAAAGCUGUUACAAGUUUUGUGUCGACACUUUGUUAAUUUCAAGACAAAAAUACAGCAUAUUGUGGUAUGAACUCUAAAUCUAUGGAACGUCACCCAUCACAUGACUUUAUUGUCAACCAUAAGCCAUGUCUUAGUGAGAACCUUUCCCUUUGUUAUUGGAUAACGAAAACUUUUACAUAUCUGUCAGUUUAACUGUUGCUCCUUAUUCUUCAUAAUCUCUUGCCUUUCCUUUGCCUAAUAUCUUUGACUAACCAGAAAUCUCCAUUGAACAUAACUCAAAGGUCUUCUAAACCUGUGUAAGGACAAUUAAAAGAACAAAAUACCUUUUAAAAGCUCUCUUAAAAUUAUUUAUUUAGACCAGAGUUUUCACAGUUGUAGAGAAAAUACAUUUACAAGUCAUUAAAACUGAAAAAGAAACCAAAAUAAGAAAAAAAAAGUAAUAUUAAAUUUUUAUUUUCUCCACACACACAUCUCCAGAUUCAAGUAAUACUAAGGAUGGUUGCAAAAAAUCCAGGUGCCCAGGCAGGUUUGGGGUGUGUUCACUGUCACGGAUGUUUAAAGUCAAAAAGAGUUGCCAAACUCCACAUCAGCCAUUUUAUAGUGUACGCGUGUGUCACUUAAAAAUCUCAUGACAGUAAAUGCACCGGGACAUUUUUGUGCUUUCUGUUUUUCCUCUGAGUGUAACUUGUGAAAGCGAGCAGUGAAGUUUAAGGCUGUAAUUGGGUAAACAGACGAGGCUGGCUAUGCGGCGUCACAGGUCACAGCAUGUUCAAGGCAGUUCUUUGCAACAUUAAAUUCAUUUAAAUUCCAUCUGAUCUUUAUUUUCAGCAGAGUAAAGCUUUAUAAUCUGACCCAGAGUUCUCAAAACUGUGUGUGCACUCCCUGCAAUUGGAUAACAUGGGUCUAACGUGUUAAAAUGCAAAAUGCUAUUUCUUGCUUAAACACUCGUGUCUCUAGAAAUCUGAUAUCAGAAAACUCCUCAUCCCUUUUUUAUAAUGGGAAGUAGUUUAAAUUUGACAAAUGACCAGUCAAGACACAUGUGACCAAAAGGAUGGUAGAACAGGAUGAGUGUCAGGUAAAGUUGCCACCGUUUGAUUGUCUGGAAUUCUCUGAUUAAAAACCAAGCUAUAUAUUCUAUUUAUAUACGCAUAUAUAUAUUUUUGAAUUUGAAAACCAUAUAAAUGCCUGCACACCCGAGCACUUCACAACUCAACGCUACAAGUCGAGAGGAAGGAAGAAUAAGACAACUUGAACAAACCCACUAUCAUUUUCAGCAAUCACGUAUUUAUAAACAAGCCACAAGUAGCCCACUCAUGUUUACCGAGCUGCACAGAAAUGCUGAUCUUUGCCCUUAGUUAGAAUUUCCAUAAAGCAUAUAUAUUAUGCGCCUUAUGUGCCUAAAAAACACCAGCAAAGCUGGCAUCAGAUCAGCACUUCUAAAGCUAAGGCAUGAGAGUUUAUGAGCCCAUUUUAAUCACAUCCCCUUACAGGUCAAAGUGAUCAACUCACAUUUAAACUGAUUAAAAACAAAAUAAACAACAAAAAACAUCAGGAUGUGAUUUCUCCUGAAAAUCCUUCAAGCAAAAAGCAAGUGGA